AUGCCGGGUAAAGGUGGCGAAGGGGUGCGAGGGGUCAAGUGGAGCAAGGCGCGCCAGGAAUUCACUCCGUGGACAAAGGAUGAACCGCCAUCAGAUGCAGAGACCCACGAAAGUGCCGCCCUUCCUGUGAUUCAUCCCAUGCUCAUGAAGAACUACAUUGGAACCGUCAACGUGACGACCUUGACCACACGGCAAGUGGAGCAAUACUUCAGUCGCGACGUCUUCCUGGAGGAUUGUAUUGCAAUCAAGUCCAACGAAUCAACAGACUUUUAUCCACAGCUUUGCGCUGGAAUCACAUGGAACACCACAGACAUCGCCGCGUUGGCAGCCAAUCGGCCUGCGGUCGAGCUCUUUCUCGACUGCUACCACGUAUUUCUUGGCCUGCUCGCGCACACCCACUCCGCCCUUGCAGCUCAAGAGUACAUCCGAGCAGGGGACAUGUUCCUCUUCCUGGGCAAGUUUUCAACCGCGCGAGCGUGUGGCCAAGCGCACUUGAAGCUAGGAUCUCCAGCGUCGGACGAGUCGGCCAAACGCAUCGUGUUGCAAGCUAGGCAGUGCGAGACUGUCCUCCAAGCGAGUAUGAAGCGAAUGCAAGCAGUACUGCACGCGCCGCCCUCUGUCGUCUCGAGCCUCAUGGCCGACUUGGACCAAGUGAGACGGUUGGCGCCACUGUCUCGCGAGAUUCUGCAUGUGCAAACUGGGGUGCUCGUCGCGUCUUGCUCGUACGAGUCACUCAUUGACAUGCUGACAUUGCUGCCGCCGCCACUCCUCUUGGAUGUGUCCGUGUGUUUGGCACUGGCCCGGGCGUUCGAUUAUACUGGUCACACGAUCCAAGCCAUGGAUGCGCUUCGGAAGAUGUGCAAGCAGUCACCUGUCGUCGCCAAGGAAUUGCAGCGACUGCAGCACAUGCUUGACAAACGAAACGUCGCGACCAAGUUGGCCGAUGGAGGGCACUUCGCCCAAGCUGUCGACGCGUACAACGUGUGCUUGACGUUGGAUGCCAACCACCACCGAUACAAUGCCAACGUUUUGUACGAUCGCGCAGGAGCGUUCUUAGCUUCUGGAAAGGAAAAGGAAGCGAUUCGGGAUUUGGAGCAGUGUCUGGGGCUGCUGCCCACGCAUACUUUGGCUCCUGCAAGACUCCGCGCCGCUCGAAUCCAAGCCGACACGUCUCGAGUGCGCAAUCAAAUCUACCGUGAGCAGCGAGCGCACGACAAACACAUCAAGAAAAGUUCGCAGUCGAGUGUCUUUUUCAAGGUUGGAUCGUGUCCAAACUUGGCUGCUCGCGACCAAGUCAAGGUGAUGCAACAAGACCGAGUCAUUCAAAACGGAGUACAAAGUAAUCAACAAUUCCACCGACUGCCCCAGUUCAAUCUGCCACAUGUGGCUCCGCUGGUGGAUUUAUACACGAUUCUGGGGGUGCAUGCCACUGCGACCAUCGACCAAAUACGAAAAGCAUACCAUCGACUUGCCCUCCAGAUGCAUCCAGACAAAAGCCAGCAUGUCGAUGCCGCCGACCAAUUCAAAGGCAUCGCCAUAGCGUACUCGAUUCUCAGCGACGAGACAUCGAGAGCCCAAUACGACGCGGUGUUUAAUUCGUCGAUUUAUGCUUGUCAAUAAUAAUAUCGUCCUUAGUGUUACUCCUCUUCGUCGCUGGACGAUGAUUCGUGCUCGAUCCAAUGCUGCAAGUUUCCGCACAUGAUUUUGGCUAUUCGCUCCGUCUCCGAGUCAAACAACGUCCGUGCAGGCGGCAUAAUGUGGGGGUCGUCACCACCGCCAUCCACUCGAUUCGACAGUCGAAACGCAGGCGGGAGGCGGUGGAUCGUGGCUUGGGCAGCUGUCC